GGCACUCGGACUAACAAGGAAGUUCCCUCCCCUCUCUCAGGUGCAUAUAACCAUCACAAUGAGAUGCAGGAGGUGAGAGCUGGGUCUACCUGCUGAUAUGGACCUGAGGAUGCUGCUUCUGAACUUGUCCCUCUUGUACCUCAUCGCUGGAGCUGCAUCAGAGACGCAAUUUGCAUUUUACAUCCCUUGCCGGCUGCAGAGCGAGCAGACGGGUAGAGGAUGUUUGGAUGUCAGACACCAAACCGCACCCAUCAAUGUUGAUGCCUUCCUUGAGGUUAAUGGCGACAACUACACCAUCAUCAAUGAGGAGAUCCCCGUAGCCUUCACCUUCAAAUGCUAUGACUUCCCGGUACCUUUGGUGUCGGAGGCUGUUCCAGCGUUUAUUACUAUCAAAGCAACCAGUGGGGAUUUCAAUUACAUAGAGCGAAGGGCCGUGGUGGUGGCCCCAAACGUCAAUGUAACAUUUAUUCAGAUGAAUAAGUACAUGUUCAAGCCUGGGGACACAGUGCGCUGUUAUGUGUUUACUCUACAAAACAACUUGAAACCGGUGGAGGAGACGUAUCCUACAAUCUAUGUACAGGAUUCUGCUGGGAAUCGAAUGUUUCAGUGGGAUAAUCGGAAAACCGAGAACGGCUUUCUGAAAUUAGAGAUCCCACUACUCGAUGACCAAGAACCUGGGCAAUACACAGUAACCGUGGAAGGAGCGAACAGUGGAACCUCUUCUGAGACUUUAAUGGUUGAGGAGUAUGUGUUGCCUAAAAUGAGUGUGGACAUUGAUGCUCCUAGUUCUAUAACAAUACUGGACAAGCGUAUGCCAUACAAAGCAACUGCCAAAUACACUUAUGGUCAGGGUGUCCCGGGAAAAGUCACAGUCCGAGUGUGCAGAGCACCAAUUAAUUAUUAUCUUGGAAAUACCUGCAACAGGAAUCCUGAUGGUAUUUGUUCUUACAACACUGGCGAUUUGGACUCUAAUGGUACAUUUAAUGGAGAUCUUGACCUGACUCCUUUCCAGCUUGAUCGGUCGGGCAACCAGAUGUCCCUCACUAUGCAGUUAACUGUAACAGAGGAGGGUACAGGGGUCAAAACGACUGAAUCCAAAUACAUCAGUAUCGUCUCGCAACUGGCCACAGCCUCCUUUAAUCGCAAUCUUAUGUCACCAUAUUACAAACAGGGACUUCCUUAUCAUGUGGAGAUUCUAGUAAAAGAUAGUGUUGGACGGCCUUUAGCUUACCAAGUAGUAGAACUGCAACUUAAUGGACUGACUCUUAAGAAUCUGACCACCGAUGGGAAUGGCACCGCUCAGUAUGAUCUUGAAACAUCUAAUUUAACAGAUUCAACAAUUAACAUUCAGGUAAUUUACAAGAACCCAGAACAGUGCUAUGACUCCAAUUGGAUAGUGCCUAGUUACGCAAAUGACUAUUUCUCAAUCACGCGGUUCUAUUCCCGGACCAAUAGCAUUAUUCAGAUACAGAGUCUCAAAGAAGAUCUGCAAUGUGGACAGACUUAUGAGAUUAACAUUCAAUAUUCAUUUGGCAAAGACUGGCUGAAGGAAGGCGAAACCACUGCCAAUUUCAUCCACAUGGUGAUAUCAAGAUCAAAGAUUCUUAUUACUGGUGAACAUCCAAUAGACGUGACCGCAGCUCUGAAAGGGGAGUUUACCAUCUCCUUGGAGGUAAAUUCUGAUCUUGCUCCUGACGCACAAUUGAUUGUAUACUACGUGUCAACACAAGAGCUGGUGGCAGACACUGCUCAUCUCAGCAUUGAGAAGUGCUUUAAUAACCAGGUGUCGGUAGCAUUCUCUGAAGAGAAGGGAACUCCUGGCUCUGAUGUCACCUUGGGUAUAACCGCAGCGUCAGAAUCCAUAUGUGCCACACGGAUCAGGGAUGCCAGUCUUCUGCUCAUGGAGCAAGGAAAUCCAAUCACUCCUGACUCGGUGUAUUCAUCUUAUCAGUACAAUGCUGAAAACUACUAUACAAAUGGAUAUAACGUAGAGCCAGCUCAGCCUCCAUGUAUUGAUCCCAAUCAACGUGUGAUGAUUAACGGUAUCUACUUCAUACCCACUGACUCUCCAGGAGAAGGUGACGUCUACCAGUUGCUCAAGGCCCUGUGUAUACAUUUUAUUGGUCCAAAUAUCACAAUAAGCAAACCAGUAUUGUGUGGAAGUUCACGUGUACCUGUGCCCAUUUUCCCAUUUCACGGUGAGAGCAUUAUGGCCUUUCGACCAGAAGCAAGUUUUGCAAAGGUUGGUGCAGAUGGUGGUGCAGAUGUUGGUGUAAAUGUUGGUGCUGUAACACCGGUUCCUGCUAUCGUCAGUGAGCGGACCUACUUUCCGGAAGUAUGGUAUUACGAUCUUGCACGUGUUGGGGAAAGUGGUUCAACCUCUGUGCCACUACAGGUUCCAGGCACCAUCACCGAAUGGAAAGCUGACAUGAUCUGUCUAUCAAAUCAGUCCGGGAUCGGCAUGACCAAACACCCUGCCAACUACACCUCAUUCCAGCUGUUCUUUGUAGAUGUCACCCUUCCUUAUUCUAUUGUCCGAGGAGAGAUCCUGUCCUUGAGGGCCUUUGCGUCCAACUACCUGGAUAAAUGUGCCAAGGUCCGCGUGACCUUACAUCCAUCCGAUGACUACACUGCAGAAGCCGGCAAUGAGGAGAGCGUGCAAUGUAUCUGCUCAGGACAGAGAGCCUCUUAUUCCUGGCAGGUGAAUGCCACUUCAUUAGGUGUGUUAAAUAUCAGUGUGACGGGUGAAACUAUUCAGAUUGGAGAUUCAUGUGACGGCCCGGCAGACUCUACCCAGCCAUUACGCAAGGAUACUAUUGUAAGAUCCCUCAUUGUGCAGGCUGAGGGUAUACAGAAAGAAGUAACCAGAAGUGACUUUAUCUGCGUCAAUGACACAAGUGUUGUAAUUCCAAUCGGAGUCUUCACUCCUGAGAACACUGUGAAAGAUUCAGCAAAGGCGUCUGUUACUGUAUUUGGAGAUAUAUUUGGCCGUGCUUUGACCAAUCCAGAGUCUGUGAACAGAGAGCCCACGGGGUGCGGGGAACAGACCAUCGCCAGCCUGAUGCCCAUACCAAUUGCUGUGGAUUAUUUGAACAAAACCGGACGUCUGACGGAGGACUAUGAAAAGCGAGCUAUAGAAAAUAUGGCAAUUGGCUACAGGAGAAUUCUCAACUUCAGAAAUUCUGAUGGAAGCUUCAGCGCUUUUGCAGGAGGAAGAACCAAACCGAGUACAUGGUUGACUUUCAGAGUCUUAGAAACCUUACAACGUGUUGUCCAGUACACAUUUGUUGAUAGGACUAUAUUAAACCAAGGCUUGGUGUACCUGGAAAGCUUACAGGAUUUAACUACUGGUUGUUUUGAGCCGAAGGGAAUGGUCUUUAACAAUGACCUGAAGGGCGGUGCGGAGGGCAAAGUCAGCUUUACAUCGGUCAUGAUUGUUCUUCUGUCAGAGACCUAUAAGCUGGCAAGGACAACACUGGUUCGUAAUGCUCUUGACUGCCUGGUUGCUGCCUCUAAGCAAGAAGAUCAGAGAAUUUAUAACCGGGUUAUGAUGUUCCAUGCAUUCCGAGUGACAGGGGAUGUGGCACGGAGCAAUGCAAUGCUGCAAAUACUGAAGAGCCAGGCAAUUGUGGAAGGUGGCACUGUCCACUUGGAGCUUCCCAUCCAACCCAAGCAACAGCCCUUCUAUGUGUUUGCUCCUCAAGCUUCAUCAGCAGAUAUUGAGAUGACUGCACGUUUCCUGCUGGGCUUGGCUGUAGGGUCUGAUCACACCCCAGAGGAAAUAAGCUACAUGUCUACAGUUGCUCUUUGGCUUUCAAGGCAGCAGACCUCAUCUGGGUCAUACAGCUCUACACCGGACACUGUGGAGGUGCUGAAAGCGCUCUCUGACUUUGCUCCUUUGGUGUACCAGAAGAUCACCAAUAACGCUGUUCUAGUGCAAUAUGGAGAUGAAGUCAUCCGACAGUUUAAUCUUGAUGCCAACAAUCGACUCCUGAUCCAGACUCAGCCCCUGUCAAGCAUACCUGGGAACUAUAGCAUAAACAUCAGCGGCCGAGGCUGUGUCCUGCUACAGACCACUGUUCAGUACAAUAUACCAGUCAGUCAGGAGGAUGCGGCUUUCUGGCUGUCUGUCAGUACCCCUUCUGUGAACUGUGUCAACGGAGUGGCCUACAAAAUUCCUGUGGUGUUGAAUGUGAGCUAUCAUGGAUCAGGGAAUGAGUCUAACAUGGCUUUACUGAAGAUGCCCCUGCUGUCCGGAUAUCAACUGGAUCAAUCGUCACUCAAUCAGCCGGGAAAUAAGGUGUCCAAAUUUGAAGUGAAGAACAACGAUGUCAUUUUGUACUUUGAGAAGGUCACCCAUAAAAUCCUCAACGUAGCUCUAGAUCUAGAAUUGAUGGAUCAGGUGUCUAAUUUACAACCAAAAACUGUUACACUCUGGGAUUACUAUAAUAAAGGUGAAAAUGCGGCCGCUGUACUGCGGCCUCCUUGCUCUAACUAGUGAGGAGUUCAGAGGUUAAAUGACGAAAGAAAAGAAAGGGAAGAAAAAAGAAGAUGGUGAAGAAGAAGAAGACAAACCAGGCAUAAGGGGAGGGGAGGGCUAUUGUAGUGCAGUGGCCAUAUCCUAUCAAAUAGUAGAAUUGUCUUCUGGUAUAAACCUAUGAUUUAUUCAAGGCAUUCCCAAUGGAUACUGUGAAAAGAUAAAUGAAAAUGUAGGCGGUAAGCUAAAGCCAACAAAUUUAGGUCAAUCUUCGUCUUAGUGCCCAGGAUGUAUUAUUAAAGAUUUGCAUAAUGUUGUCGUGUAUCUUGUGGCAGGAAUUCUAAAUAAAGACUCAAUUUUUUUUUUUAAUAAAA